AUGGAUGCCAAAAACAGCCUUUUUGUUGACGUGGAGGGAGGAGAGGAGGAGGAGGUGGGCGCGCAACCGCAGACAUAUGCGGCGGUCGCGCAGGGAGUGCAGGGUGGCGGGACGGGCCAACAUCAGCCCAGACCCUCAGGAGAGCCAUCCGGUCCCACGAUCGUGAGCGUGAAAGGCGGAAGAGGGAUACGCGGCGAAAAAGGUCCGAUCUACGGUCAAGAGUACCUCGAGGAGGAGGAGGAGGAGCGAACGGCCCUUGCUGCUAAGAUCCGCACAAGGACCAGAGGCUCCCCCUCCCCGAGGAGGACCGGAGACUCCCCCACCCCGACGGACGAGGGGAGGGGGGAAACGCCAUCGGCAGCGAGCAGCGACGUCGUCGACGACCUUGACGAACCUGCUCUCGUGGUGGACUCCGAGGGGGAUCAUGACUCCGACGCUAGCGUUAAGUCACACGUAUCCCGCUCGGGGGCCACCAAGAGAAGUAAGAGUGUCGGGAGGGGGAGAGACGUUAAGCAAAAGCGGCCCCUCGACACCUCUAGCGGGGAGGAGGAAGACCCCCUCCAUACAAAAAAGGACGCCAGAGGCAGGAAGGCUACAACGGGAAGGGGCGUUCAGAUAAAAGCCCGCAAAGAGGUAGCCCAAGCCCUGAAAAAGUCUAGGGAGGACCUGCGCAACGUAGAGAGGGCCUUACAGGGAGAGUAUGACCCUCGGAAAUACGAGGGCGCGGAGAGACGAAGGAAGAUAAGAGAGCUGGAGGAACAGGUCCCCCAGCUCCCCACCCGCGAUCUUGUUGCGAAGGUCCUCGACUUCAGCAGCAAGAUCGACGAGGCGGCUAAGGUCAGCAAGAACCUUAAAGGCACUCUUGCUGGCCUUAUAAGGGAUGGGGCGUUGUACACCCGGAUCGCGGUGGACACCCUAUCCACGAGAGUUAGGGGGGAGGCGAGCGAGAGAGAGGAGCUGUUGAGGGAUGAGCUCGCGGCCCUCAAAGCUCAGCUCGCGGACCUCCAACGAGAGAGGGAGGAGGAACGGGACCGGAGGGCGAUGCCACCCCCCGGCCUGCUACAGACGAGGCGGAACACCACCCCCUCGGGGGAGGUCGUACGGGAGGAGGAGAUGCCGGAGGUGGUCGCUGAUGGACUGCCGAUGGAGUCUCCUCCCCCCGGAGAAACAGCGGCCGCGCCACCCGCGGAGAAGAGGACCUGGGAGGUGGUCACGCCGAAUAACGCGGACGCCUCCCGGGCCUCGACGUCGGGAGCGAGGAGAUCCCGGGCGGGGAAGAGGGAGAGGUCCCUCUCUAGGAAGAGGGCCAACCCCAAAACCCCCGCGAAGGACUCCUCUUUACCAUCCCCCCACGCCCCGAGGAAACAGGCGGGGAAGCCCUUGCCUGGGAAGGCGGGGGAGAUUACGGGGGAGAUGGUGGAGAGGAGAAUACAGGAGGUCUUCGGCCAGUCUCAAGAAGAGACCAACCAGAGACUCCAGAGGAUGGAGGAUUUGAUCCGGUCCUUGGUCGGCGGCGGGGCCCGUGAUAGCGGCCCUGCAGCGGGCCCCUCCGACCCUCGAAAGGGAGGAGGGGGCGCCGUGAGGGACCGCCCGGUUCUCGGGGCCGGCCAGAGGGGCGGAUCGAAGGGGGCUAAGGAGCCCCCCGAGAGGACCGCGAAUGCUGUGGAGGGGGGGUCCAAGAAGAAGAGGAAGAAGAGGAAGAAGGCCCCUCUCUCGCAGCAGACGCAAGGCGUCGAAGAGACAGGGGUCUCUCUUGGGCGAGACGCCAAGUCCUCCCGGCCCGCCGCGGGGGCUGUGAUCUACGCGGCGGUAGUUGGGAGGAGAAGUAAGGCGGCAGGGAAACCCGUGAAAGGAGUCCCCAAGGCGGCCGCCCCCCGUGCCCCAGCUAAGGGGCAGGCCGGCGGUCCACCUAAAAAGGCUCCAAAGAGGCGACUCCCGCACGCGUCGGCCGUGGUCGUCACGCGUCCCAGUGGGGACUACCGUGAGGCCAUGGCCAGGCUGCGGCGGGAGAUAAAGUUGGAGGACCUUGGCAUCGGUGGCCCAAUCAACAUAAGAUCGGGCGCCACCGGUGCCAAGAUCAUCGAGGUGUCCGGGGAGGGCCACGCCGAAAAGGCGGAUAUCCUCGCGGGGCACAUCACGCGAGUCUUCCUCGGGGAAGGAGGAACGCGGGUGGACCGUCCAAGGAGGAUGGCCGAGGUACGCCUGCGCGACAUGCAGUGCGGAGCGCUGCAGCCAGCCGCUGGAGGAAAGCACAGCCUCUGGAUGCGCCUGCCCCUCACUGCGGCGAGGGGAAUGUCCCUUAAGGGGCGUAUUCGAGUCGGAUGGGGAACGGCCAGAGUGGACCUUCUCGAGGCGCGGCCUAUACGCUGUCAUAGGUGCCUCGAGAGGGGCCACGUAAGGCCAACCUGCUCCAGCGAGGACAGGAGCGGGAGGUGUUACCGGUGUGGUGAGACCGGUCACACCUCCCGCGACUGCCGGUCUGCCCCCAAGUGCCCGCUGUGCGCGGACAAGGGCAGGCCGGCGACGCACCUUCUGGGCGCAAAGUCUUGCGCACAGAAAAACGUGCGCGGGAGGCCACCGGAGCGGCGCAUACUGGAGCAAGCGCCAGCAUCCGGUGACCCCCUCCCCCCGGCCGAUGUCCGGCCGGUGGAGGAAGGAGCGCGGGAGGGGAAGGCCACGACAGAGGCCAUGGAGGAAGAGACCCCAUCGGACGGGGGGAUAAUGAGACUAAGUAAUGCCUCGCCCUCCCCCUGUCCGAAUAUGAGAGGGUUUGGCCUGUUGCAGGCCAACGUGAACCACUCUCCACAUGCACAAGAUCUGCUCCAGCAAAGCAUGAUGGAGAGGGGGUUCACGUUGGCGAUCGUCUCCGAGCCCCACCGCGCCCCGGAAAACAGCCCAUAGUGGGCUGUUGUUGGGCGGGACGGGGGCUCGGUGGCGAUACGAUGGCGGUCGGUGCCGGGUGGUCCCGACACAACCGUCAUCGAAUGGGGGGACCGGCACGUUGCUGUGCAGUGGGGGCGCAUCGCGGUCGUGGGGACUUAUUUGAGGCCUACCAGACGCCUCGCCCCGUUUGAGGGCUGGCUUUCGGACAUUGGGCAGACGCUCAUACGCCUGAGUCCGAGGCCGGUCCUCGUGGCCGGGGACUUCAAUGCGUGGCAUACGAAUUGGGGUUCCCGGCGCGCGAACGGGAGGGGCAAGGCGCUAGCGAGAUGGGCGGCGAUGCACGGACUGGUCCUCGUGAACGAGGGCCGGACCCCCACCUGCGUGCGGACGCAGGGGGAGUCCAUUGUGGACAUCACAUGGGCUACCCCCUCGGCCGCGCGCCUGAUCACCGGGUGGAGGGUGGAGCGGGACGUCGAGACUCUAUCGGACCACCGAUACAUAUCGGUGGAGCUCGGUGUCCUCUCCUCCGUGCGUCGCCAAGAGGAGACACGACCGCGAUGGGCCCUCCGGAAACUCCGCGAGGAUGCCCUGAUGGCCUCGAUAGAGGCCGCCUGUUGGGUCCGGCGAAGUUUCCCCGAGACCCGGGAGACGGACCCCCUGCAAGAGGCCGAGUGGAUCGGGGCAACGCUUACAGUGGCGUGUAACGCCGCGAUGCCCCGGUCCAAGGCUCGGCCUCAGCGGGCCGUCUACUGGUAGACGGCAGAGAUCGCCGACUUGCGUCGGCGUGCCGUCCACCAGCAGAGGAGACUCGCCCGCUGCAGGCGCAGAGGCGAACAGACGGCCGAACAAGCCAGAGAGGACUACCUUGAGGCCAAGGUAGCCCUCAGGCGGGCCAUCAGGGUGGCAAAGGGCAGGGCGUGGACGGAGUUCCUCGACUCCCUUCAGGAGGAU